AUGGACGAAGUUAAUAAUCGACAAACCCCAAAAUUACGAUUUAGAUAAUAACAACUAUAAUAAAAAGCCAUAGAAGUAAAUAAUUUUGAAAUAUAUAGAGUGAUCCAAAACAAACACAAAUUACUAGAUUGCCAUCAGGUUCAAAAAAUGCAAUUGCAUUACCUCGUUUGGAUAGUAGAGCUGCAACUCAAUCUUUAGUUAUGAAAGAUGUGGAUAGAGAGAUGAAUUAAUUGGAACUUAGUAGCAAAGUUAGAGAUUUAGAGAUUUUGAUGAUAGAUUUCAAAGCUAAUAUUGAAAGAAGGAUAUAAAAGACUAUUGAAGAUAAUCCUUAAAAGUUUAUACAAUCAAUUAAGUAACUAGAAUCAUAGGAAAUGCAUUUAUGGAAGCAAGUAAAUGAUAAACAGGUCAUACUUCAAGAUGCUAUAAGUCAGUUACGAAAUUAAGGAGAAAAGAAUAGAGAUAAUCUUUCUUAAAUGAUACUUGAAUUAUAAAAGAAGUGUAAUGAUCAAGAACUUAAAUUGAGUGCAUUAAUAAAUUAAUAGGAAGGUAUUGAAUUGAAAUUAAAUGUUUCAAAACCACAUGCAGUCUAACCUAUUUAGGAUAAUCUUGAAGUUAAAUUAUUAAGAGAAGCAUUUAAUAAUGAGAAAACACAUAGAGAUGUAAUUGUUGAAGAUUUGUAAAAGUAAUGGCAGGAUUUUCAUUACAGAUUAGUUAAAUAGGAAUCUGAUUUUUAUAAUAAAUUGAAAUAAUAAAGAGAAGAGUUUUUAGAAUAAAAUGAGAAAACUAAAAUAAGUAUUAAAGCAUUAGAUAAUAUGAAAUUGGCUAAAAUAAAUUAAGAUUAAGAUUACAUAAAGAAUUUGAUUGGAAGUGUAGAAGCUAGAAUUGCUGAUGAAGUUGAAAGACGUUUAAAAAGUGAAUUUGAUUAAAGAAAUUAAUUAGAGAAUAAAAUAUAAGCAUUUAAAGAGGAAAUAAGAAAUGAUGAAAAAUAGAUUUUAUUAGGAGAAUAAAAAUUUAUGAAAUAGAUGCAUGAUAGUGUUUCAUCAUUAAAUUAGAUUAUUAAAAAUACAAAGGAGUAAUUAGAAGCUAAUUUGGCUGCAUCUUAAACUAUUGUUACUGAAAAUAUUAAAUCUAUAUCUAAAACAGUUGAUAUGAUUAGAGAAUCAUCUUUAGCAAAGGUAGCUUUGAUUGAAUAAGGUUAAAAAGAAUUAAAUUUCAGAGUUGGAGAAACAAGAUAAAUGAUGCAUGAACAUGCUAAUUUAAUAAAUAAUAGUCUUUAAAAGGAAUUUUAGAGAUAAUAGGAAUAAUUAUAAGGUUAUGAAUCAUAGAUGUAAAAGUCUGUAGAAAUGUAAAAUAAAUUAUUGAAUGAUGAAAGAUCAUUAAAUGAAGAUUGGAAAAAAUAAUUUGCUUAGAAAAAUUUAGUUAUAUUUACUGAAGUUAGUACAAAUCUAAAAAAUAUAAAAGGAGAAUAGAUUAAAGAUAAAAAUGAACUUUAAGAAAAUUUAAAAAAGAUUUCUCAUGAAGUUGAAAAUAAUGAUAAAAAAUAUUUAUAAUUAAUGAAAAAUUUAGAUCAAAAAGUAACUUAAGGUUUAUAUUCUUAAGAAUUUAAAUUAGAUUAAUUAAGAAUAGAACUUUCUGAAAUCAUUAAAAAUAUACAAUUAUAAUACAAUAUCUAAUUGCAUGAAUAAAUACAAUUUGCUAUUGAAACUGCUAAAAAAGAUGCCACUUAAUAAAUUUUAGAGUCUUCAUAAUAAAUUAAUGAUAGAAUAACAAGAGAAAUAGAAAUGGCUGAUUAAUAAACAAAUGCCAAAUUAGAUAGUUUAUCAAUUUAAAUUAAAGAUCUUAUUAGAAAUAGAGAAGAAUAUAUUUUAUAAAGAUUAUAAUCUAUGAUUGAUGAAGAAAAGGAACUUAGACAAAGAUUAUAAGAAUUGAUUGAAAAAUAUGGAGAUAUGGUUAGAAAAUUAAAAGAAGAUUUAGAUUAUGAAAUUUAAUAAUUAAAAAAGGAUUAAGAUGAAAAAUUAAAUGAUGCUAUAUAAAAGAUUGAAAGAGAUUAUUAAGAAAAACUUAAGGAUAUUGAAAGAUAAUUAAAAUAAUAAAUUUUGAAUUCAGAAAGUAAAAUGCAAUAAAAUUUGGAUGUGUUAAGUCUAGAAAUAUCUAAAACAAUGGAAUAGAUGAAAGCUUUUAUUAAAAAGAUAGAAAAUACUCUUAAAUCAUAUGUAUAAUAAGAAUUAGAUUAAACUAAACAUGAUUUAAAAAUGAUGAUAAAAGAUAUUGAAGAUGAUGUAUUUAAAUUAAGAAUUUGGACUAUUUAAUAAAUGGAAAAAAUGGAUUCAGCAAUGAAAGAAAUUCAUAUUUAAAUAUAAAGUGAAAUGUAUUUGGAAAGAAUGUACACUAUGACUACACUUGAAAACUUUUAAGAACAUAUAAUCAAUAUAUUAAUUAAAGAAAAAUAAGAUAGAUUAUAAUGGCAAUUCUCAAUGGAAAAUUAACUUAAUUAAUUAGAUAUGUCAUUAAAUAAUAAAAUUGAUUCUGUUUAAAAUAAUUUAUAAUAAUAAUUGGAUGAUGUCAAUUCUGAAUUUAAAUAAGCAAUAUAAAAAUUAAAUGAAUAAAUAAAUCAAUAAUUUACAAAAUUAGAAGAAGAUUUCAAUUAGAAAUUAAAAGAUAUGCAUGAAUAAGUAUAAUAAGCAGCUAAAGAUUUAGAGGAUAAAAUUAAUGACUAAAUUAAUAAGAUGAAUGAAGAAUUUAAUUAAUAAUUGAUUUAAUUUAAGAAUGAUGUGGAAACUUAAUUUUAAGAAUUAACUGAAAAAAUUAAAUAAGAUCUAUAAGAUCUAUUUGAUGAAAUUAGUUAGAAGCUUGUUUAAUUGAGAGCUGAUACAUAAAAUGGAUUGACUUAAGUUGUAUAAUUAUAGAUAACAUCAGGAAAUCAAUUAAAAUCUUAAAUCGAUUAGAGUUUUGCAUACUUUUAAUCGAAGUUUUAUUUGAUUGAACAAAUUCGUUAAGCUAAUGAAGAAUUAGAUAAAGAGAGACAUACUGGAAUUAUAGGAAAAUUAUAAUUAUUAGUUAAAGAAAUGGAAAGAUUGGAAUAGAAGAAAAAUUAAAUAAAAAAAGAUUUAAAUGAUUUUGUUAAAGGAGUUUAAAAUAAUUUUAAUAAUAUUACUGAUGCAAUUAAAGCACAUGGACAAUUCUUAAAUGAAUUAGAUUCAAAAUUAACAAUUGAAUUAAUGUUGUAAUAGACAAUUAAUGAAGCAUAAGAAUAUUAAUUAUAGGCUUAAUUAAUAGAAAUGAAUAAAAAUUCUGAAGGUAGAAUUUAAGAAUUAGAAGAAAAAUUGAAUAAUUUUGAUACAACAAUUCAUAAUUAACUUGAAUAAAUUUAGGUUGAUUAAGAAGAAACAAAUAAUAGAUUAGAAAUAGAAUAAAAAAAUCAUUAAGAAUAAAUAAAAAUGUAAGAAGAACAAUUAAAAAUUUAAGAAGAUUAAUUAAAAACUUAGGAUGAAUAAUUAAAACUUAGCUUUAUUUAAUUAUAAUAGAUUGUAGGAAAUAUAUAAUUAAUGAAAACUAUGAAUGGUGCUAUGGAAAUAAAUCUAUCUGAUUAUGUGAAAACAUAAUUUUAAUAAACUUUAGAAUUAAUUUUAAAAAAUAAUUAAACUAAUUUAAAUAAUAUGGUUAAAUAAGAAAAUAAUCUAAAAUUAUUAAUUGAAAGUAAAAAUGAAUAAAAUAAUUAAAAAAUUAAAUUAAUAGCAGAAGAUUUAGAUAAAAUAAUAUAGGAUACUUCAUAAAUGUAAGUAGAUAUAAAUACUGAAUUUUAAAAAGUAAAUGAUAAAAUGUCAUAAUUAUAAGCUGAAUAAGGUUAAGGUAAAAAUUAAUCAAAAGAUUUGGAUUAGAAUAUGGCAGCAUAUGGAAUUGCCUUAGAAACAGUUAAAAAGGAUUUAGAAGGUGAAAUAAAAAGAUUAUAGACAUAAAUUGAUAAUUUAGGAUAAAAUGUUGCUUUUUAAAAAUCAGGAAAUUAAGAUAAAACUUAACCAUAAUCAGAUAAUAAAAUGAAGGAAAUAGAAAUAAGAUUAAAUGAUAUUGAAUAAGAAUUAGAAAAGGAAUUUUAAAAAUAUGGAACAGAUAUAGAAUCACUUAAAAUCUAGAUGAAAAAUUUAUCAUCAAAUAAAUAGAUUUAAUCUCCAAUAUCAUAAACUCCUAAUAAUAAAAGUUAAAAUAAUUAAUAAUAAAUGGAUAUGUUUGCUAAAGAAAUUGAUAGAAUAGAUUAAGAUAUAAAUAAGCUUAAGAAUUAAAUUUCUAAAUUAGGUUCUGGAGUAUCUGGUGGUGCUGCAGUUGGUAAUUAAGAUGCAACAAAAGAAAUUUAAGAAUUAAAAAAUUAUGUAGAAGACUUUGAAAAACAAGUUACUAGUGAAAUUUAAAAUUUUAGAACUGAAGUAGAAAGCAUGAAGAAAAAUUAAAAUAAAGGUAAUAGUGCUGCUGCUGGAGUUACAGCUGAAGAAUUUCAAAAAUUCUAAAAUUAAUUGGACGAAGAAUUUACUAAACUUGAUGGAUAGAUUUAGUAAAUUAAUGGUGAUAUUGGUAUCAUCAAGAAAUAAUAAUCAGUAAUUUUACAUUGAAUUAUUAUAUAGGCAGGUGUUGGUGGUGCAAAAGCUGGAGAUAAUAAAUAAUAUGAAACAAGAUUUAAUCAAAUUGAAAAAUAACUUGAUGAUUUUGCAGUUGAUAUAAAAGAUAUGCAGGAUGUUAUAGAAGAACAUGAGAAUAAACUAAAUGAAAUUGCAAAAUGA